CCCCACCUCCCGGGCUCUGAGCGCUCAGGCCUUCACCGCACCUCCCCCUCACGCCCCUCCACCGGCUCUUUGCCGCGCGAGCCGAACAGGUGUAGCUGUUAGAGAGGCCCCGGGUUCCCAGGAGGGAGGGUGGGAGGCAGUCACUCAGUUACGCCGAACAAGAGGAAGGACAGACGGCAUCAUGUCUCGCUACACUAGGCCCCCCAAUACCUCCCUGUUCGUCAGGAACGUUGCGGAUGCCACUAGGCCUGAGGACUUGCGACGUGAAUUUGGUCGAUAUGGCCCUAUAGUAGACGUAUACAUUCCACUUGACUUCUACACUCGCCGCCCAAGAGGAUUUGCUUACGUACAAUUUGAAGAUGUCCGUGAUGCAGAAGAUGCUCUUUAUAACCUCAAUAGAAAGUGGGUAUGUGGUCGUCAAAUUGAAAUACAGUUUGCACAAGGUGAUCGCAAAACACCAGGCCAAAUGAAAUCAAAAGAACGCCACCCUUGUUCUCCAAGUGAACAUCGAAGAUCAAGAAGUCACAGCAGAAGGACUCGAAGUAGAAGUUCUUCAUGGGGAAGAAGCAGAAGACGAUCUGAUAGCCUUAAAGAGUCUCGUCGUAGGGGACUUUCUUAUAGCCGAUCUAAAUCUCGGUCUAACUCAUUAACAAGGCAUUCUACCUCAGGAAGGAAAUCAAGAUCCCCUAGAAGAAAUUCUAGUUCUAGACGACGGUCAAGAUCUGAGUCCUUACAAAAAAGGACCACAUCUGUGGGAAAAUCACAAUCAAGUUCACCUCAGAGGCAGACCACCUCAGGGGCAAAAUCAAGAUCAGAUGGAAGACAUUUUGAUUCACUAGCAAGAUCCCCAUCAAAAUCUCCCCAAAGACACACUAAUUCUGAAACUAAAGCACAGUCUCGGAGCUAUCAUCAUAAAAACAAUUGGUGAAAUAGCAGCAGAAGAUCUCUACACAUACUUAGACUUGCAUUAUGAGACAGAACUUUUGUUAAAUAAAAAUUCUUCAUAGCUAUAAUGUGGGCCAAUAUUAUUUUGGGCAUAUACCAGUAGUAAAAUAUAUCUUGCUUUGUGUUAUUAGAUUUGGCCUCAACAACACUGCAGAUAUUAUAAAUAAUGUUAUGUUUAGUUUUGUGCUAAAUGAAAUUUCCUUACUUUAGUCAGGAAGACCUGAGUUAAAAUCUGGCCUCACAUACUUAAUUAGCUAUGUGACUCUUGGGCAAGUCACUUAACCUGUCUGCCUCAGUUUCUUCAUCUGUAAAAUGGGGAUAAUAAUUACCUACCUUCCCGGUUGUGGUGAGGAUAAAAUGAUAUAUUUGUAAAGUGCUUUGCAAACUUUAAAGCACUACAUAAAAGCUAGCUAUUAUUGUUAUCAGUUUCAUAAUCUUACAUACAAACCCAGUUGUUUGUUUCCUUUCCAUUUCAAUGUGCCUAGUUUUUCAAAUAACACUUUCACAUGUGUGGUAAAAGUAAAUUUUCAAAGGAAAUAAGUGAAAUAGAAGUAAUUUAUAAACUUAUUUCAUAUAUUCUAUAUUAUUACCUUAAAUAAAAAUGCUACAUAUUGGUAUAGCACUUUUACCUUUUCAAAAUGCUUUUGCAAACUUUAGGACUUCACAGAGCUAUUACUUAUUGAUGUGGAUACACAUUUCAUUGAUGCAGAUUGUAAUACUUGAAACCUUGAUACACUAUUUGUUAGAUACUGUGACCCUAAAGUUUCGGAACCUGAUGGUAUAUCUUUUGGGCAUCAAUGUCUCCAAAUUUAACCAAGCCAGGCUUGAGAUAACAUUACCAGGACCAUAUUCAAAACUUUUAGUUUGAUAAGAUCCACCAGAUCAUGUGUUUCAUUGUUGUAAUGUUUUCACCCCAGUGUUUUAAUCUUAAUACCAAUUUCUGGUGAAUGCCUCAUUUUACAAAAUAUAAGAUAGUUUUUGCUAUUCUUGUUAGCAGUAUUCAUAAGGCCAAGAAUUCAAAAGAAGGUAUUUUUUCUUGAACUCCAAGGUAACCUUAUCAAAGAAGAUUGAAUAUAUAUUGAAAGAAUAAUAUAGAUUAAUUGGCAUUAAAAUGACAUUCAGUUCUAUACAAACUUGAAAUAUAACUUUGUAUUUCAGGAGGGAUCAGAUCUGAUUGGCAUAUGGAACUUCCACUGAGGAAACUACUAAUACAGAUCAGCACUUGACUCUGCAACUUGCAGUCAGAGAGAAUUGCUUGGGUACUGAGACAUUAUGUGACUUUUCUAUAAUCAUGCAGCCAGUAUGUGGGGACUUGUGUCUCUGGCCUUUGUUUCCUGAGGCCAACUCUAUUCACUCUGCCAUGCUGCCUCAUUACAUAACAGCAUGUUGAAUUUAAAAAUAUAAAAAAUGACUUUUACAAAAAAAAUGAAGUAUUUUGAAAAUAUUGUGCUAUCUACAUUUUCCCAAUACUUUUGUUUAUAUGCUUUGCUUUUGCAGUUAAUAAAAUCAAGGGCUUUUCUAAAAAAGUAUUUUUAGUUUACAUUUUAGAGAUGCUAUCUUGGUAGUAUUAUUUAUAAUUUAUUUUUAAAUAUCAGCAAGCAUUAAAUACCUACUAUGUACUAGGCAUUUGGGAUAAAAAAAAAAAAACAAAAAUGAAAGCCCUCUGCUCUGAAGGAGCUUAAAUUCUAUCAAGUAUAGUACCAUAAUGAUGUAUUUAUAUAGCUCUGCUUGUGUGCUAUGUUAAAUUGCAUUCUUAAACCUUUGCGAACAAAAUUAAGUAUUUUUUUGCCUCGUAUGCCAGUCUAUGCUUUACAAGAUUCUUUUUAAUAAAUUACCUUUUUUUUAGCAAAUAGUAUUCUUCUGUUCAUUUUAUUUUAAAUAAAAGUUCCUUUUUUCUUAGAACCUUGUGUAUUUUCAGAAACUUUCAGCUUUUAUAAAAAUUGAAAUGGACAAAUAUUGAUUCACAAAUUCUGUCUGAAAUAUCUAGUGUAAUUAUAGCAAGAUUUAUUUACUAUUUAGGGCAUAAUACAUUUUAAAAGUGAAUAUUUGAUCAGUAGUUUCUUGUUCAAUAAUUCAGUUCUACCCAACUCUUUGUGACCCCAGGGAGCAUAGUAUGCCAGACACUUCUGUUCUCCACUAGUCCAAGCUUAUGUUUCCAUUAUUACACUACCCAUUUCAUCCUCUGCCAUCUUCUUUUCCUUUUGUUUUUAAUAUUUCCUAAGAUUAGAAUCUUCAAGUGAGUCCUGUCUUCUCAUUAUGUGGCCAAAGUAUUUAAUAGCAAUGAAAUAUAAUUAACAACUAAUGAUAACAACUCAAAUACUUUAUUAAGAUUUUGAAUAGUACCAUUUUCUAAAAUCUUAGUUUUAAAUAUGAGCCAAAUAAUACAUAAUUUUCAUCUAAUAAUAAGUAGCCCUAUUUACCUUUGAGUAAAAAAGGUUAACUCCCAUUGCCUAUCCUGUUGGUAACAAAUCUCUGUGUCUUGGUUUUUAUAACUGAUAACUCUGUGAAAAGCAUUUGUUUUUCUAGGAAAAGAAAAGAUUUGUCUUGAUAAAACAGAAAGGGAGAAGAACAGAACAAAGAAAGGUAAAAAGGAAGAAAAAGUCAAUGCCAACCAGUUGUGAAUUGUGACAACCAGCAUUAAUAGAUUUGAUGGUCUUGGGGCAAAAAAUUGACAAGUGUGCUCCAGUCCCUUAGACAGUUACCUACUGGUUGGUUGGUAACUGUUCUGGAAUACCUGUUACUUCAAAGCAAUUUUUCUUCAUAGUGCCCUAGUCAGAGAUUACUUUAAAUGGAAGAAGAUAUUUUAAUUUUAAUUACUUUGCACCUUAGAAAUCUGCUAAUUUCUAUAAAGUUAACAUUUUUUAUGUGGCAGCUGCUGUAAUUGAGUAAUAAAAAAGUUAUAUAUGGUACCAUAUUUAAUUCAGUAAACAUUUAAUAAAGUCAUUUUAUUUGCCAGGCACUGCAUUAAAUGCUGAAAAUAUGAGAGGAUAUACAUAUAUACAGCAAAGAAAUUUUAUUUCUAGAUUUUUUUCUUUUGUGACAAUUUUCAUUCCCUCUUUCUAAAAAUUGAGACUCUUAAAAAUACUAUAGCUUUGUGUACUAUAGUUAAAGAUCUUAAAUAUGAUUCAGUUAGCUUUUUGAGAUUAUUAAGGAACAAAAGCUUCACAAAAGAGAAGCACUAAUAGCUGCCUCUAUUUCUCUAUGUGGCUUAAGAUCUGAAAAUCUGUUUAUUUUGCAACAGUAAAGAAAUAGUUAUGCAAUAUUGUAUGAGGACCUAGAAUAUAACCUUGUUACUAGGCUAAUAUUUUUAUUUGGGAGAAUCUUUAGCAUCUUAAAUCCAUGACAAAUAUGUUAAUCAUACAGCAAGAAACAUUUAAAAAUAUGGUACUUGAUUUUUUUUUUUACCUACAUAUCCCAACCACAUUCUUUCAAAAAUUUUCCUUAAAACAGAUAAUGGAAUGUUUAUGCCAUUUUGUAGAAAAUACUUUAAAAAACACCAAACCAAUAAACUAUUCUACCCAGUGCCAUAUUUAUUCCCUUCUAGCAAAGAUAGUUUGGAAUACUACUACCUUUAAGCUACUACUGGUCUGGGAGAGGUGAUGACUGAAAAUACUACUACCAAAAUAUGACUAGGUAUUUGGUAAAAUAUUAUGUUAAAAGGUAACAAUGCUAAGAGAAUGAUCAGGAAAUUGAAUCUGUGAUUAUUAGUGUAAAAAAUGUUGUCUUUGGUGUUGAUUCACAUUAUCUCCAGUUAACAUAAUACUAGUUAACAUGGCAUAAGAAUAUGUAUAAAGAUAUUUCUAAAAAUCUACAAAAAUGGAAUUAGAAUACUUUUAAUUAACAUUAGACAUCGAGGAUCUGUUUCUUUUUAUCUGAAAUGACAAUAACAGCAUUUAUAUAGGUUUGCAAAAACACUUUACAAAUAACUCAUUUGAUUUCAUAAUAACCCAGGGAUAUGGGUGCUAUUAUCCCUAUCUUAUAGGUGAGGAAACUGAGGUAGACAGAAGUUAAGUAGUUUUUUAUAAAGAGUAACAUAGCUAGUAAUCUCUGAGACAAGAUUUGUAUUCUGCUCUUCCUGACUACAGGUUCAGUACUCUUGUUUGCUGCACUAUCUCUUUGCAUCUGUUCACUUUUAACAUAUGAAAGAUGACAAGAGAAAAUUGGUUUACAUAGGAUAUCCAGACCAACAGUAUUGUUUUAAGGAAAUUAUGUACCAGGAAAUUUGGAUUCUGGUUCAGAAAAAGGGUUAUCUGAAUUUCUUAAGAUAUUGCAUAAUUAUGAAUAAUCUAUUUCAUGGGAGAUGCCUAUCAUUUCUAGCUAGUGAGCUUUUAAAAUGCCAUGUGCUAUAUAAAUGUUAAGUAUAUAUUAAAACUUAAUAUUUUGGUGUGAUAAUACCCCAAACCCUUAGAUUUAUUUACUAUCUUGUAAAGGGUAGUUCUUGUUAAGUACCAGGAUAGUUUCUGGCUUCAUACUUUGAAAGACCACCAGGAGUGAAAGUCAAAACCAAUUCUCUUUAAAGGAGAAUGUCUUAUCAAUAAUGACAUAAUACUUAUUCCCAGAAACUGAUGAAAAUUCAAUAAUAUUUUAUCUAGUACUACAGUCUUACAGAAUAUAAUAGGCAUAGAGGGGGAAGUGAUAUUCUUUUGGCUUCAUAAAUUUUUGUACAACUAGGUAUGUACCUUUUGGAAAUAGCAAUAUGGAUACAAAUAACUACAUGGAUGAAAUUCUUGACCACUCAAUAUUUUAAACAUUGCUUCCAAAGGCAAUUGAAAGUUGUUUUUAUAGCAAUCUAUUGUAUUAAAAAUUAUUACAAUCCCCAGUAUACUUAUAAUUUAGUCAAAUUGAGUUAUGUGAAAUAGUUAAAAUUUUUGUAUAUAUGUCUGUGUGAUUAUGUAUACAUGAAAUAUUUACAAGCCCAAGUUGAACUGUUUGAGCACUGUGCAAUAUGUUCAUUUUAAAAUGGAGCACUUAGUAAUUUGGUAUAUUGACCCACAUGGCAUUGAAGAAUAGGAGAAUGCUCUUCCUUUUCUUCCUUGCAGAGAUGAACCUAUGCUGUCAGAUUUUGUCCAGAUGUUAAUUUUGCUGAAUUUCUUUUCCCCUCCCCUUUUUUAUUCUUUGUUAAAAGGGAUGGUUCUCUGGGUGGGGGAGGAACAUAUUGAGAAGUGAAGGUCAUUUAAAAUGUCAAUAAAAAUGAAUUUUAAAAGGUAAUUUGGGUACUCUUCCAGUCCUUGUGAACAGGAAAUGUCCUGUUUUUUUGUUUGUUUUGCAGAGUACUUCCUAUUUGAAUGAAUAACUUGGGGAAAAAAGGCAUUUAUUAAAAUGGGAAAGUAAUGUGGAGAAGAAAGCACUAUGUUAAUUGUUAGAGAUACAAAUAGAAAACUCAAAAAAACUCAAGACUCUAUUUGAGGAAGGUAGCACACAUAGGAUGAUCUAGCUGCAGGGUGAAUGGAAAAGUUAAGAUACCAUAGGAUAUAUCAGCUUGUGUCCCACAAAACUGGAGAGCUUGGAGGGGACAGAUCCCUUACCAUUGAACCUAAGGUUUGGAGUGGAAUGAGGAUUAUGGAUUCCCUCUGGCAGGGAUAGAAAUGGAAAGGGUCAGUGCCCAGGUAGGAGCAGGGAACUGGAAAGGCACAUUGGCAGGGAGGUCUGGGGGAGGUCAAGUGGUCUGAAGAGAAGGAAGGCAUGGACUCAACUCUUUAAGAGCUGACUAAUGCACUAUUGGUGGCAUUGUGAAUUCCAAUCAUUCUGAAAAAGAAAAUGUGGAAUUAUUCAGAGACAGUUUAAAAAUCUAUACUCUUUGACUAAUAGUGUCAAAAAAGAAAUGCUCCAUAAAUGUCACAACAUUUAUUGUGGCACUUUU